AUGGCUGAGCCCGGCAGCACCUCCUUUUCCGAAGACUGGGACCGCACUACCCCUGCCCCAUCCACGCCCCCUUCCAACUCGAGGCUGCUCCCAGAUGGCACUCCCGGAGGCAGCCGAUCCUUGAGCGAUCUUAUGCGCUUGCAUGCUGAGCACGGCAAGGAGAAUCUCCAACUCAAUCCCCAGGAGGAACAGCGUCUCGAGGAGGAGCUCGCCCGAUGGGUCAACUCGGAGGAAGAUGACGAGACGUACUUUGGACGACGGUCUCUGGACGACGCCUCGGCAAGACCCCGGGGAACAGUUGAUUUGGCCGACCGCGAGGACAGAGCGAGAGCAACGUCAAUGGCCAGGACCCCAGAGAACGAAAAGAUUCGUCCAAAAUGCUGA